AGCACCAGCGACGAGAUCGGUCAUUCUCGGUCAGAGAACAAGGGAAGAAACAAGUCUCAAACAUCAUCUCAUUAUCCUCACCUCAAAUGCACCGUUUAUCUUAGUCCGGACGCGGAGGCUUGGACUGCGAUUAGACUCGGUGGUGCCGUGAGAAGAAACAACGCGGAUAGAAAAACACGGCGGCUGAAUCGUGGCUCUCUCACCGCGGGUAUGUCCGAGGGAUUCCACGGGCGAGGUUGAACUCCUGCUUUACCCCAAAGAGGAUUCAAUGAAAAUGUCGGUGUGCGUCCACGAGAAUCGGAAAUCCCGAGCCAGCACCGGCUCCAUGAACAUCUACCUGUUCCACAAGUCGUCGUACGCCGACAGCGUACUCAUGCACCUGAACUCCUUGCGGCAGCAGCGUUUGUUCACCGACGUGCUCCUCCACGCCGGCAGCCGCUCCUUCCCCUGCCACCGCGCCGUGUUGGCCGCCUGCAGCCGUUACUUUGAAGCCAUGUUCAGUGGCGGGCUGCGUGAGAGCCAGGCCAGCGAGGUGGACUUCCAUGACUCGGUCCACCCGGAGGUGCUGGAGUUGCUGCUGGACUAUGCGUACACGUCACGGGUGGUCAUCAACGAGGAGAAUGCCGAAUCGCUGCUGGAGGCUGGAGACAUGCUGGAAUUCCAGGACAUCCGCGAUGCCUGCGCAGAAUUUCUGGAGCGGAACCUUCAUCCGUCCAACUGCCUCGGCAUGCUGCUGCUCUCCGACGCCCACCAGUGCACCAAGCUCUCGGAGCUCUCCUGGAGCAUGUGUCUGAGCAACUUCCCCGCCAUUUGCAAGACAGAGGACUUCCUCCAGCUGCCAAAAGACAUGGUGGUGCAGCUUUUGUCCCACGAAGAGCUAGAGACCGAAGACGAGCGACUAGUAUAUGAGGCCGCCCUGAACUGGAUCAACUACGACCUGGAGAGGCGACACUGCGACCUCCCCGAGCUCCUCGGGACAGUUCGCCUGGCUUUACUGCCCGCCAUCUUCCUGAUGGAGAACGUCUCCACAGAGGAACUGAUUAAUGCCCAGGCCGAUAGCAAAGAGCUCGUUGAUGAAGCAAUCCGUUGUAAACUAAGGAUCCUGCAGAAUGAUGGCGUGGUCAACAGCCAGUGCGCCCGGCCCCGCAAGACAAGCCACGCCCUCUUCCUCCUCGGGGGCCAGACCUUCAUGUGUGACAAAUUGUACCUAGUAGAUCAGAAGGCCAAAGAGAUCAUUCCCAAAGCAGACAUUCCCAGUCCAAGGAAGGAAUUUAGCGCCUGCGCCAUCGCCUGUAAGGUGUACAUAACAGGCGGUCGCGGUUCCGAGAACGGCGUUUCCAAAGACGUGUGGGUCUACGACACAGUCCACGAGGAAUGGUCCAAAGCGGCGCCUAUGCUCAUCGCAAGGUUUGGCCACGGCUCGGCCGAACUCAAGCACUGCCUGUAUGUGGUCGGCGGUCACACGGCAGCUACCGGGUGCCUCCCUGCCUCGCCAUCCGUGUCGCUUAAGCAAGUGGAGCAGUUCGACCCGGCGGCCAACAAGUGGACCAUGGUGGCGCCCCUGAGGGAGGGCGUGAGCAACGCGGCGGUGGUCAGCGUCAAGCUCAAGCUCUUCGCCUUCGGGGGAACCAGCGUCACCCAUGACAAGCUGCCCAAGGUGCAGUGCUAUGAUCCCCAGGAGAACCGCUGGACUGUGCCGGCAUCAUGCCCGCAGCCGUGGCGCUACACCGCCGCCGCCGUACUGGGAAACCAAAUCUUCGUCAUGGGCGGAGACACAGAGUUCUCGGCGUGCUCGGCGUACAAGUUCAGCAGUGAGAGCUACCAAUGGACCAAAGUAGGAGAUGUCACGGCCAAGCGCAUGAGCUGCCAGGCGGUGGCGUCUGGUAACAAACUCUACGUGGUGGGGGGCUACUUUGGCACUCAGCGCUGCAAAACCUUGGACUGCUACGACCCCACGUCGGACGCAUGGAACAGCAUCACCACGGUGCCGUACUCCCUCAUUCCCACCGCCUUUGUCAGCACCUGGAAGCAUCUGCCUGCCUGAAUAACUACCACCUCAUUCCAGAAGAUCUCUGGGUUUUGUUUUCCAUUUUCAUUAUCGACUGGACUACCGACUGUGACGAGACGCUCCAAGAGGAGACCUCUGAGAUGGAUGCUCCAUAAAAAAACAGAACACCCUUCAGUGGUGCAUUUUAUUUCUGCACAACACCAGAGACGACCGUGUCCAGGGUUUGGACUGAAUGCACAAGAGAGAUCAAGUCCCCAAACCACGCUUUUAAAGAUGUGAGGCGAGCUAUCGGCUGAGUUUUUUAAAAAAUCUGCUUUUCAUUUGGAGAUGCUGCUUCCUAUGAUGCUGUUCGUGGAUCUGUAUGCCUUUUUAAUGCCAGAAGAAAUUUGUUCAUUUGUAGUGUUGCACCGAUACCCUUUUUUUGCAAUUCCGAUAGCUGUGUGGUAUCAGUGGAUGCCGAUACUGUAACAAUACCAUUUUUUUGAAAAAAAUUAAUAUUUUUUUAAUUCAAUCCUAAAUUAUUGCAUACUCGGAUGUUAAAAAAUAUGCUAUCAUGGCUCAGACAUAUACGCACUAAAAAGACAAAUAUAAACUUUGUGAGUACACAGUCAAUGCUACUAUACCCCGGUAAUACGUUAGCUUAGCUCAUGUGUUAAACACUUUUGCUAUACAAGCUCGCUCGCCUACUUUUGCCCGUUUACAUCCUUCUAAAAAGAUACAUCCAAAUAAACUUAAAAUCCUGGCUGGUAUCAGUGUUUCACAUGUAUAUUAAACAACUAUUUUAAGUAUAGGCUUAAACAUUGGAAAUAUGACCGCUGUAAGAGUAGAAUAAAAACUCUUCUCCUUGGCUCAAAACCACCGUUGUCCGAUAAUGACUUUUUAACCGUUAACCGAUGUCCCAAAAUUAGUCCAACUCUGAAAAUCCGAUACCGACAUAAAACAGAUUCCGAUACACGCAGUCGUGCACUUAACGUGUUAUUGCUAAUUGUAUUGUGAUGCGCUCUGGAUGCUUUAAUAAUGAUAAAUGUAACAACUUUAAGGUUCCAAAUUAAAUAAACAUUCUCUGAAUAUUAAGAGAACACUUCAACUAAAAUUUUAGAAACUAAUUUCCUAUAUGGAUACAGUAAUAUAAAUUGAAAUGAGCCAAAAUGUCCAUCAUUAAGUAAAAGGAAUUAAAUCACGUUUGCAGUAUUACAAAUACAGGCAGUCAAUCAUAGGACAUGCCAAUAAAAAGACAAUUCCCAAAAUGGAUUUUGCUGGGCUUUUGGUAUUUUAUUACUUUUCUGGUUUUCUUAGUGACUAUUUCUAUCUGGUGACGCAGUCGUUAUAUGUAAUGAGUUUAUAAUUCAUCAUUUUUCAAUCAUUUAUUGAUUGAUCAUUUAAUUUUUGCAAAUGGUCUGCUUACAUAACAAAUCCCAAUCAUAUUAGUUUGGAGACAUCUAAUGGUCAAUUGGUAUAAUUGAUUUGUUAAACUGUGACCAGCCCUUGUACAAAGGCAGAUGGCUUAUGCAUUCAUUUUGAAGACAGUAAGCUUAUUGGCCCUAAUAAAAUAAUGAAUAAUCGAUAUAAUCUGAUAUCAUUUAAACAUUUUUUUUUUUUUUCUAAAUUGUCGGUCGAUGUUAUCAGCAACCCAAAAAUAUCGGACAACUCUACUCAAAACACCACAGGACUUGGCUCCAGUAUUUACCAUCCUAUUAAAAUAUUCAAUGAAUUUUAGCCAUUUUUUGUCCUGCCUCUAACGCAUUCUUCUUCGUUUUUGGCCAUCUUGGGAAGUAUCGCGCGGUAUCUUUGCAUUAUUUCUUAGUCCUCCCGAUGUCUGCAUUUUAAUGCCGUAUCGGGGUCCCUUAGUAUUGGUGCAACACUAAUUAUUUGUAUAACGCUAGCUAUUUAUUGGAGUUUUGCGAAGUGGCGGAGGAAAAAAAAGAAGUGUUAGCCCAAAUAAAAAGGGAAAGAACAGGAGUAGUUCACCAGGCAGUGCUGAUGGGUGUGGUCAAAACCUCUAUCAAAAAAUGGAGUGCAGAUGCAAAGACGGUACAGGAAGUGGACAUAAUCACUGAGUAAAGCCACCCCAUACCAAGCGACAACAUAUGCGUGGAAAUAUCAUUUCAUGUCAUUUUUUUUCCUAUGAGGCCCGGUCACCACUUCGGGUCGCACACUCUUAACGAGGAGGAGGAGGAAGAAGCUCAGAUUACCCACAGCGUGAGGCCGCCAAGGCCGUGGGGGGUCGAGGGAAAAGAAUUCCUACUCGGCUCGGCGAAACCUGCCUUAAAUCAGCCCCCGACGACUCCCCUCAAGGUCCUUAAAAAGUGCAACAAUUAACGGCGGAGGAAGCCGCCAUGUGAUGACCCGUGGUGACGAACGGCGAGCGAGGCUAGGAAUGCGACGGUUCUUAGGUGGUUGACAAGGGUAGACACCAGAGUGCCCCUCCAAUUUAAAAACAAACAAUUUACACUUGUUCUAGUUUUAACACAAUGUUCAAUGUGUGUACGCACUGUUGCUUUCAAUGGAAAUUUUGACUUUGUUUUACUUUGAAUACAAGAUGUUCGGUGUCAAUUUUUGGCGUCUGCCCGCACAAUUUUUCAGGUUUUAUUUAAGCUCCGCAAAAGUGUCGGUUGCCGUGAAAAGGAUUUAGAAAACCGGCAUACUGCUUUUAACUUGUCGGCUGCUGUUGACGGCGAUGGACGUCCGUUCCAGGCAGCGCUGUCAACAACACCUAUUCUGAUGAAUAUUUAUAUGCGCAAGACCAAAAAAAGUGCGAAAAUGAGUCCACGUGUUGCUUUUGUUCUCAUUGAUGUCACGACUUAUUGUUUAGAUGUCACUAUUUUGUACAUUUUCUGUUUUUUCACAAUGUGAAAUCCAUGACUGAAUAAACCUGAGAGUUUUUUCCUCUUGUCCUGUACAGAAAUUGUGUGCGUGAG